GCUGAAACCAUGUGGGGAGCGACCACGUCCCUUGGUGGGAGCACCGGAGGCAAAAAGCGACACUAAUAGGAAAGCAUUAUAUUCUAAGAAAAAAAGAUCCGUCGAUGAGAAUCAAAGAGAGACGAGAUGGUAGAGAAUGGCCGCACCUGACCUUCUUGACCCGAAGUCUGCCGCCCAUAACUCCAAACCUCGCCUCUCGUUCUCGGCCAAACCGGUGGUACUGAACACUCCAGAUGAUGAUGAGUGCGACACCCGGACUACUGUCAUGAGGUGGAAAACUGUUUCAGCCAUCUUCUUCUUGGUGGUGCUCUACCUCAUUAUUGGGGCGACGGUGUUCAGAGCCCUGGAGCAGCCGCAUGAGAGUUCCCAAAAGCUGGCCAUUCUAGCAGAAAAACUGGACUUCUUGGCCAUGCACGCCUGCGUAAACUCUUCUGAGCUGGAGGAUUUGGUCAAGCAAGUGGUUUCAGCAGUUCGAGCAGGUGUGAACCCAUCAGGAAAUGCAUCCAAUCAGACGAGCCUCUGGGACAUCAGUUCCUCCUUUUUCUUUGCUGGGACUGUUAUCACCACUAUCGGAUUCGGGAACAUCUCUCCUCACACAGAAGGUGGGCGGAUCUUCUGUAUCAUUUACGCUCUGCUGGGGAUCCCCCUAUUUGGAUUCUUAUUGGCUGGUGUCGGGGACCAGUUGGGGACCAUUUUUGGGAAGGGCAUUGCCAAAGUAGAGAAGAUGAUUGUGAAGUGGAAAGUCAGCCAGACGAAGAUCCGCGUCUUCUCCACGCUGCUCUUCAUCCUGUUUGGGUGCCUCAUCUUCGUGGCCCUGCCAGUCAUCAUCUUCAAGCACAUUGAGGGCUGGAGCACACUCGAGUCCAUCUACUUUGUCGUCAUCACCCUCACCACGAUCGGCUUUGGAGAUUUUGUUGCUGGUGAAAAAGGUGGGUCAGAGAGUCCAGAGUAUCUGGACUACUACAAGCCUGUGGUGUGGUUUUGGAUCCUGGUGGGCCUGGCAUACUUUGCCGCCGUGCUCAGUAUGAUUGGAGACUGGUUCCGAGUCAUCUCCAAGAAAACUAAAGAGGAGGUUGGGGAGUUUCGGGCUCAUGCAGCCGAGUGGACAGCAAACGUGUCAGCAGAGUUCAAAGAGACCCGGCGGCGGCUCAGUGUUGACAUCUAUGACAAGUUCCAGCGUGCUGCAUCCAUCAAGCGCAAGCUGUCAUCCGAGCUGGGUAUUAACACAUCCAUCAACCAGGAAAUGACCCCUGGCAAGAGGACGCUGUCGGUCAACCUGUGUGAGGACAGAGAGGCUUACCCCAACUUGACUCUCUCCCUCAGUCCCGUCACGGGGGCCCUGGCCAGGAACGGCAGCCUCUACCUGAACGGUCUUAGCCCAGACUACGCUGACCGGCGGGAAAUCGCCAUCAUUGAAAAUCUAAAAUGAGGAGCAGCAUGAAAAUGAGAUUUAGGGAACUGAGUGAAACACAUCUGGCAGCAGACAGAGCUUACAAACACACUCUUGUACUUAUUGACUGAGCAGCUGUGAUAAGGUACCCAUGCACAUUCAUUAAAUGGAUUGUGCUCCAAUCAUUGAUUGAAAACCUUGAGAGUGACUUAAACACAGAUCAAUCGUCAAGCGCUGUACUUUCACGUGUGUGUUUAACACUCACACAAAAACUUAUGGUGUGUUAGCUCACAGGUUCCAUUCAUUCUAUGAAGGAGUCCGACUUCCUUUCAUUAUGUCCGUGCCAACAUGAUCGACAGCUGUGCUAGUGAUUGAGCCAAAUAAGAAGCAUGCUCCAGACUGUAACACAUGAUUUUAUCAGUGGCAUGAGUUUAACAAACCUCUCUCAUGAGCAGGAAGAGAAUGAAAGCCCAUAUUGAGUCAGCAACACAUGGGACAUCUUCUCAUAUAGCCACAAACAAGCCUGUAAACACACAGAAAUAAAUACGUCCAUCAAAGCAAUAGAUGUAUCUGUGCUCGUCUCUUGUUGAAUUUCCAGAGGCCCUGAUAUCUGCAUCAGAUAAAGAGGAUCCUCCCUGCUAAAAACACUCCAUAAUCAACAAUGAACACUGGUUCUUGACGAGGUAGCAGUCCUGUGCUAACACAAAGGAAUGUGGCUUUUUCUUUUAGUUGACACUUCCAGUAUGAAUUUAUACGCCUUACAUUCGCCGGUCAGUCUGCCCUCGCUAAAGAGAAGAAUGUUGACAUUUUUGUUCCUCCAUGACUGCCAUUCAGUUUUUCACCCUAAGGAAUAAUCCAUUUGUGCCUUACUGAAAACCACACUGAACAUGUGAGGAUGGUGAUGCAUGAAAGACUGAGCAAUGCUUUGUCUGUCCACUCAUACUUUACAUUAUAUAUGAGCACAGUAGUAAUAAAGAUGUAUAUUUCACAGGCAUCUUGGAAAAAACAGUAUGAAGAUGAGGCAAAUGGAAGGAGAGGACGUGGACAUUUUUAUUUAACUCAUUUUAAGAGAAAUCUACAGGAUUCAUGGCAACUGAGUGGAGAAUCUUUCUUGAGAAAAGAACUGUGAAAAUGUCACGUUUCUGUCUGCCAGUGUGAUUUAGCCAUUUACUACCAGUCUUAAUGUGUUGAGAUAGUUACAUUAACCACACAGUGCCAGGCUCACUGAUCAGACCCUAUACCAAAGUAAUGAUCCUGUUUUUCUGACAGAGCAUCAUAGAGAGGUAUUGCCUCUGAUCAAAGGAUCAGAAGUGCUUUCUGUUAUUUCUAAAUCCUGUCCUGCAGGUUUCUAGAAACUGAAACCACUGUUAUGUUUUUUCAUGAAACUGAAACAUAGAGCUUGGUGCAUCCACACUGUCUUUUUUUCCAAUUGGAAAUAAAUCCUGGUAUGCAUGGUACUGUAGCAAUGAAAGCUCUGGGGCUGUGAAACAUACUAUAUCUUUAUCUUCGUGAUGUUGCAGCUCUCAUCGCUACAUUCAGAUAUAAAGUUAGGGAAUAUUUCCUCAGCUGGUAAAGAUGAGAUCCUUUAUGUCUUACCAAUACUGAAUGUACACCAUCAGAAACCUCUAUUUGCUGUAUAUCACUGCAGUGACUAAAUAAUCAUGACUUUAGACAUCUAUGAGUUGCAUCACAUAGCAUUAAGUAAAUGCCUCUCUGUGGCUGAUUUGGUGUUUAUUAAAGAUUAUGAAAAUGGUAGGAAUGUCAUUGUGGCACAGUUAAAAUCUCACUUUGAUUCUUAAUACAGAAUAUACAUUUAGAUUUCACAUUUUAAGCAGGCUCAUUUUUCUUUCUUUUUUAAUUCAGGAUAUUUCUGCAAGGAUGGGAAAUGGAUUGCUUUUGAUGACAUUACUGUAUGCAAGGCUAUUUUAGGUUCUGGUGUCUCCCAGUUGAAUGGUUUGGAUUGUGUGUCUUAUGGUGUUAUUCAGUGCUUUUAUCCAGCAAGAUAUGUAAUAUUCUCAAUACAUUUGAUAGUGCUAUUUACAGUUUGUAGCAUUAAAAUAUAUGUACAAUACAGUGUGACUUACAAGAAAGUAUGCCAUAUGUGGCAAACCAAGUCUGCUGGUCUGCUAUACCAAAUAUAUAUCAUUUAUGGGUUAUUGGGUGGAAAAGAGUAUGUUUGUGUUAAAAUAGACUACAUUGAUUUUGUUGUUGUAGUACAUUUCAGGGCAACUUAAUAUCCUGUAUAGUUGUAUUCCUUAACUAAAUGGCAGGAUCCGGUUGCACCAGCUCUUUGUAAGUUUAAAUUUAGUCUGUUUAUGAUUUAGGUGAUUAGGUGGAGAUUUAUACAUCACUAAAUUAAAAUUAAAAACUUAGAGAGUUGUUAUUAAAUAUUUGCACCCAGUAGCUGCCAAAUGCGACAGUUAUGUAGCUAACUGAACAUACGUUAGCUUGACUAACGAGGCUAAAAGAGGUAAUGUAAUAUGGCCAACACUUCUGACCCGACACUUAACUGUCUAUUGAUGUCUACUGGGAAGAUUUCAAAUUACAUUUUUUUUUAAUUACACAACAUACCUCAAAUUAAAAAAGGUUAUUCCAAUACAGUUAAAUUAAAUAACCAAAUAACUCAGCUAUGUUAGCAUAAUCGGAUAUUUACCCACUUAUUCUAAACUGCAUAAAUAUAUUACUAAUUCUGAAACACAUUUCUCCAUGCAUGCAUAUAUAAAUAAAACAAUUAAUACCUACAUUUACAAAAGACUUGUAGUUAAGUUUAAUAUAUCACAUCGUUAAGGACUUUACACACAAACUUGAUAAUUGAUUUACAAUAGCUGGUGUAACCCAGUGUACGAAAGUAUUAGUAGGUUACAAGUUUGCUCUCUUUUUUUGUUCUGAAUCUGAUUUGUGCAGAGCCUGACUGACUGUACUGUAAGGUCAUCAGCUGUCAUGUGUAAUCAAGUCAAAGAGGAGUCACAAAGAGAUUAUGAAGAAAAUAAGGAUAGGAGACUCUUUCAAACAUGGUUGGGUUUCUGAAAAUACCAUUAUGUUUUGUGUUUCUAAAAAACAAUCAAUAGCAUCAAAACACUUGUUGAACUGGCUGCAAUACACUGAAACAAGGACUACUAUUACAUUAAUGCUGAGUUGCCUGGGGGAAAGCAAUCCAAGCCUUAGUGCAGCUGCUCAAAGCCAAGCCCCCAAACGUCGUCCUAUUGCUUUUUUCCAGUCGGCCACAUGAUUGACAGCCACUGAGAGGCAAUCUGUCAGCCCUGAAUAAAGUCAAGGAGUGCUGUUGAAGGAGCGUUAUGUAAUAUGUCAGGCCAUGUGAGGAUCCGUGUGCAUGAUUGUGUUUACAGCAUAGACUGUAGUGUGUGUGUGCAUGAAUGAACUUAUGAAUGCGCAUGUGCUUUGGGGUUUGCGAAAACUCAUUUCUUGUCCACCCACAGCAUUUUCACAUGGCAUCCUCUUCUUUUCCCAGGGUGACAGUUUUUAAUUAGGUCUGUGGCUACAUCAAAAUCCCAGUUCAAGCAUGUUGAAUGUAUCUAUCCAUUCAUGACGGCAGAGAUGAGCUUCAUUAUGAAUGUAAGCACAUGAUUUAACAUUGUGAUUUAUGUAUGAAAAGAAGUUCAGUUAGCUCAGUGAGUAUGCUGUGAAAAUAACUACAGGCUUUUUAAAGCCACUGGCCCUCAUUUAUUUAAAAAACACAAUGCCAUAAAACAUGAUUAUGUACCAAUGAUAGUCAUAAUUAUCAUAAUAGUAGAUAACAGUGUUAUGUGGUUUCAGAAAAUCUUAAUAAAAAUGUGCAUCAGUGACAUCAAGAUCCAUUUUUCAUAACUUUGGUAUGGAUUUGGUCAACUUCCUAAAAAUGUAUGCAUGAAAAUCAUUUUAAAUGAGAGCCGUUAUGUUAAGGCAAACUAAAUUAACUGUUUACUCUGUAAUUUUUAAAUUCCUAAUAUCCCAAAAUCUGUCAAUCAGAAUUUGCGAAUAUACAUGUGGGGGGUCAUGUACACACGUGCACAUUUUUUUAAAAAUCAACAUGAUUUCAAGCGUUGCAUGCUACUUUAAAUGUUACUGCCAAUGUUUAUAGAUCAGAUAUGUCUAUAAUCGCAGGCUUUGCUUUGGUUUUAAUAACAGUAUGGCAACCAUGUGUUUCCAGUAUGUUAAAAUGUUAAUGUUGGUAUGUCACCACAAAACAUGACAAACUUUUCACACGGUUUAGAAUAAAAUAUUUUAUAUGCAAAAAACACAGAAGGUUGCUAUUUUCUUUUAGCUCUUGAAGGAAAGUUGCUCAUUAAAUUAAAGGCUAAGUAUGGUGUGAUUCUGUAUUUUUCUUAUUGUCACCAAAUGCCAUGAAAAGAUCAAAAAGACAUUAUGUUAGUCUGUCUCUCAAUGCUUUCUGACUUCCCCAGCCUGUCUGUUGCACUCAGCCUGGAGCCCACUGAAAAUAUAAAUCUUUAAAAAUGGCUAACAAAUACAUAGUAUAAGUUUUAAAGAAGGCUAAGCAAUUUCCCCAAACAGCUGGGUGCUACGUUUUUAUCAAAUGUUACUCCAACAGGAGUAAAUAGUGUAUUCGUUGGGGAUUGUUUUCAGUGGGAGAUUAAUACACAUUUGAUGCUCUUGUGAGUAUUUCUGGCAGCAGAACAGUGUAUCAGGGAUUGACUCAAAACUACACUGCCCAUGUUCAUAGUAAUGAAGGAACAUGUUACCCAGUGCAAAGACGUGGUACAUUUAUGUGUUUUUAAUAGUUUUAGGUCUAUGGCACAGAAGAAUAGCCUAUAUCAUGGUUUAGCUACAUAUGCGAUACUUGUUAAUAGGAUCAAUUCGUUGUUGGUUUUGGUCUUUCCAUGGAGUUUGUUGACAAUACAAAAGCAAUAGAAGAGCCGUAUCCUGUAAAAAAAAACAAAAAAAAAACAGAACAGUGUAUCUGGACUAAAAUGUACAAAACCUUUCAUAAUACGAUUCCUGUUUUGUUUUGUACUAGCGUAUUGCAUUGCUAUGCUGUAGUGUUUUUAGUAAUUUGUCAUGGUGAGUUUCCACAUAAGAGCCUUAUUUUUCAUGAAGAAUUAUACAGCACUUGUCCCAGAUAAACAACCUGCAGCCGGCUGUUCUGUGCAGCUCAAUGAUAAAAGGAUACAAUGCAGUUGUUAUCACAUGAACGCAUUGACGGACACUGGCUGAUAAUGGAUCAGGGCAAACUGAUCUGAGUCAAAAGUUACAAAAUGUUCUUCAUGGCUCACAAGCACAGCAUGGAGCGAGAAGGCUGCCACUCAUGAGUUGUUGCAUUGACACCAUUUAAUUUGUAUAUCUUUACUUCAUGUGUUUUGUUUUGAGGAUUUUUCUUUGUAACAACAACAACAUGCAAUCUGCAAUAUAAAGACAAAACCAAUUCUGA